AUCUCUCCACUAACAGAAAGGAACAAAGCCAAAUCUAGAGGAUGAUCAGAUCUUGGCUCAAGAGAUCUGCUCAUCGGAAUCUCCACUGGAAGCAAUGCAACCCUCCAACUUCUCCGGGACGAAGACGAGCUUUCUCCACCGCCACUCACAGAAACUCCCUUCACGAUCUAAACCUAGACGACACGAUCACUCUCUUCAAAACCAGGAUCCGAUCUCACCCCCUCCCUUCAAUAACCGACCUCAGCAAACUACUAACCUCAAUCGCCAAAAUGAAGAAAUUCGACGUCGUCAUCUCCCUCUGCCAAGAGAUGGAGCGUCUCGGAAUCCCACACAACAUCUACACCUGCAACAUCCUCAUCAACUCCUUCACCCGAUCCUCUCACCUCUUCCUCGCUCUAUCCUUCCUCGGAAAGAUGCUCAAGCUCGGCUACGCCCCCGACAUCGUCACGCUCGGCUCGCUCCUCAACGGGUUCGAGGUUGUCUCCGACGCGACGUCGUUUGUGAAACGAAUUGAGGAGAUGGGAUACAAACCGAAUGUCGUUAUAUACAACACUCUCAUUGAUGGCUAUUGUAGAAGCGGACGUGUGGACGAUGCACUCGAAGUGUUCGACGAAAUGCCGAGGAAGAGUGUUGUUACUUACAAUGCUAUGAUUAGGGGUCUUUGUAAGUUUGGGAGACGGAGUGAAGCUGAUGAGUUGGUUAGUGAUAUGAUUGACAAGAGAAUAGAUCCCAAUGUGGUUACUUUCGGUGUGUUGAUUGACGCGUGUGUGAAAGAAGGGAAUGUUUCUGAGGCGAAAGAGUUGUAUAAGGAGAUGAUACGUAUGUCUGUAAAACCUGAUAUUCGUAUUUACAAUUCACUCAUCAAUGGUCUUUGCAUCGACGGUAGGUUAGACGAGGCGAGGAAGAUGUUUGACUUCAUGGUGAGCAAGGGCUGCGUCCCGAACGUUGUGACGUACAACACUCUCAUUAAAGGGUUUUGCAAGUCCAAGAGAGCGCAUGAUGGGAUGAAACUCUUCUGUGAGAUGACUCACAAGGGACUACGUGGAGACACGUUCACUUACAACACUCUUAUCCAUGGGUACUGUCAAGUGGGGAAGUUUAGUGUCGCACAAAAGGUUAUGAAGAGGAUGUCUGAGUCUUGUGUGCCUCGUGAUGUCAUUACCUUCAACAUUUUGUUAUAUUGUUUGUGUGAUAUUGGGAAGGUAGAGAGAGCGUUGACGAUAUUCAGGGAUAUGGCAAAGAGUGAGAUGGAGUUUGAUAUAUUUACGUAUAAUAUCAUCAUUCAUGGGAUGUAUAAGGCUGGUAAGGUGGAAGAUGCUAUGGAAUUAUUUUCUAGUCUCGACCUUAGAGGAGUGAAGCCUGAUGUUGUAACAUACAGGACAAUGAUCUCGGGGCUGUGUAGGAAAGGUCUACGACAUGAAGCAGAUGUGCUGUAUAGACAAAUGACAGAAGAUGAGUUUCUGCAGUUGUACCAUUUAUAGGAAUCCUUGUAUUCAUUUCUAUAACCUUUUUGAAUAUAGGAAGAUACAGAGACUGAUAAAGGAACAAGCUGUUAGUGAUCCCUUACUCCAAUUUUGCUGAUGUAUACUUCACAAGUUUUAUUAUUUUUUAUACAGAGAAGGAUUGUUUUCGUCUAACUUCUGAUUGUUUAGUACAGUUUUUAGCUCAAGUGUUUAUAGUCUACUUGGUCUUGGUAUAGUUUUCAGAUAUCAUUACAAAGGCAAUUAGAAUUUGAUGAUCCUCAAAGAGAGGAGGAUGAAUGCUAGAAUGAUUCUUGAGAAAAUGUCACAGGGUCAGGAUUUGAUGUCACAUUUGUGACUUGGUAAUGCAGAUUAGCCUCAUACAAGCGGUUCACAUGAGGAAGGGCCCUUUGGUAAAGCUGCACGGUUUGCGAAACUGAGAAGAAGAGCAUCGACUGAAUCUGAUAGUACCAUGUCAAGCACUGCAAGUGUCUUUGAGCAAACUACUCCUGAAUAACAGGCUGCAGUUUGAAGGAAGAGAUCCAUGGCUUCUCUUAGAGGAACUUGAUUAUGAGAAGGAUUGUAAUUUUAACAUCCGGUUACAGCUCCAGAAGACUCAGUGCUGUUGAUUCUCGCUGUUCAAGAUCUUGAAGCAGUGCUGGAGGAAAGGAGUGGGAUCAAGAACCUGUGAUAACAUGGAAGGAAGAUUCAAGAAGAAGGUCUUGUAGAAGUGAUCAAAAGGCACUUGAGGACUCGUAAAGGGACACAUGGAUGUGAAAGACACACACGUCUUGGAGCAGCAGACCUCUACAAUGAGAUUGAGGUCUAUAAAUGGGAUACAGGUGGAACAGCUUGUUUUGGACUGUGAGAUACUGAAACAGGAGAAUCAUGAUAUCUUAUACUAGCUAGAGCAGAGCCAACUGCAAGAAUAGUUGAAGAUGCAAUAUGAAUGUUCAUCUACUCUUGUGGAUGUGACCGAGCUUGAAAACCAAGUGGAGAGCCUUGAAUCUGAGCUCAAAAAGCAGUCUGAGGAAUCUUUGUCCCGGUUCAAAGAAACUGAAACACAAAUGGAAGAAGAGAUGGAGAAACUGGCUCAAGUUUGAUAUCGAUGCGUUCAAGAGUCUCUCUGAGCAGAUGGAUUCAAUGUUUGCAUCAAAUGAGAAAGUUGUUAUUGGCAGAAGCUAAUGAAUCAAGAAUGCAGAAACGUGAACUAGAAUAGAUGCUCAAGAACGCUAACGAGAAAACCAAGCUGAGCAUGAGGCAAAGCUCCAAAACUUUUUAUUUAUACAAUGCGACAUUAUUUCAAAUCCUGUAAGUUAAAUUUGGUUAAGUCUGAUCAAUUAAAUGGUUUGAUCCGGUUAAGUGAAUUAACCCUUACACCACAUGCAUGUGUUUGAACAUAACCACACCAAGAUGACAAGAUACAUUUUCAAUGAUGAAUUGACGAUUGAAGCAGUAUUGAGGUUUUGUUCCAUUGAGAUUUGAUAUACCAAAG